GGCAAGGUAAAGUUUUCCUGGGAAUGAUGCGUUCAGGUUUGUGUACGGAAGCGGUCUGCAGGUUGUAGGGUCAAAGGGUAAAGGCUAUUCCUCCUUCGUUGAGAACACAGCCAUCUUGGAUUUUACGAAGUCAAGUGAAAUUGAUGCGGUGACAAAAGGCAUGUUUGGUUCUAGAAAGAAAUUUCCAGAGUUUAUGGAGGUCGUGGACAAUGACUUUAACGAUGAAAGCAUGUACUACAACCAGCCGUCGAUGUUCCCUCAUCGGUCGGACAAAGACAUGCUGUCGUCACCUUCGCCAUCGUCGUCGUCAUCGGGGCAGCUGUCACAGCUUGGUGCAAGUUUGUACGGUCCACAAAGUACGCUUGGCUUUUCGGUAAGAGGCAUGGGAAACAGCACGCCUCAACUAAACCGAAAUUUAACGCAAAGCUCCCAGCUACCAAGUCAUAUCACCCCCACAACAGGUGUCCCAACCAUGUCCCUACAUACUCCUCCAUCGCCAAGCAGGGGGACUUUGCCAAUGAACACGAGGAACAUGCUGAACCACUCUCAGGUCGGUCAAGGCCUCGGUAUGAGCAACAGGACCAAUAGUAUGAGCAGCUCGGGCCUCGGCAGCCCCAAUCGCAGCUCUCCUAGUAUCAUCUGUAUGCCCAAACAACAACCAGCACGCCAAGCCUUCACUGUGAACAGCAUGUCUGGAUUUGGAAUGAACCGCAACCAGGCGUUUGGAAUGAACUCGUUAUCAAGCAAUAUCUUCAAUGGUACAGAUGGCAGUGAAAACUUAGCGGGACUGGAUCUGUCAGAUUUCCCUGCGUUAGCGGACAGGAGCCGGAGAGAAGGGACAGGAAACCAGUCGGCGGUGCUCAACCCGCUGGCUGGAAGGGCUCCUUAUGUUGGCAUGGUGACAAAACCAUCAACAGAACAAUCACAGGAUUUCUCCAUCCACAACGAAGACUUCCCUGCACUGCCUGGCGCAAACUACAAGGACCCCUCGUUAAACAGUGACGACAACAAAACUGUAAAUAACUUGAACGCCACAAGCAAGAGCACAUCCAACGCAGAUGGACCCAAGUUCCCUGGAGACAAGGCGGCUUCGGCACAGAACAACAACCUGAAGAAAGGGAUCCAGGUGUUGCCUGAUGGUCGGGUGACCAACAUUCCCCUAGGAAUGGUAACGGACCAGUUUGGCAUGAUAGGUCUUUUGACGUUCAUACGGGCAGCAGAGACCGACCCAGGGAUGGUGCAUCUGGCGCUCGGAAGUGACCUCACAACACUGGGACUCAAUUUAAAUUCACCAGAAAACCUUUACCCUAAAUUUGCUUCUCCUUGGGCCUCAGCGCCUUGUCGACCACAAGAUAUCGACUUCCAUGUUCCAUCGGAGUACUUAACCAAUAUCCACAUACGGGACAAGCUGGCUGCUAUAAAACUUGCUCGAUAUGGUGAAGACUUGUUGUUCUACUUGUACUACAUGAAUGGUGGCGACUUGCUCCAACUUCUAGCAGCCUCAGAGCUCUUUAACCGGGACUGGCGGUACCACAAAGAGGAGCGAGUGUGGAUCACCCGGGCGCCCGGCAUGGAGCCCACACUGAAGACCAACUCUUACGAGAGGGGGACCUACUACUUUUUUGACUGUCUAAACUGGAGGAAAGUGGCCAAGGAAUUCCACCUGGAGUACGACAAGCUGGAAGAGAGGCCUCACGUGCCGACGACAUUCAACUACAAUCCAGCCCAGCAGGCGUUCUAAGGCUCCAGCUGUCCUGCAAGUGUCCUGGGAGGGCGCUGUUUUUAUUCCUCGAGGAUUUGUCUAUUUGACUGCAGGAGGCGGGAGGGCGUGUCUGACAUCAGAACUCCUUUUCAUGCUGCCCACAGAACCAACACUUGUUCCGUUUUUAUUCUGUUUUGUUUCCCCCUGUUUUUUUUUUUUUCCCUUCUGUCUUGAUUUCGAGCAGGGUCUGUGUUAUGUUUACGUCUCGGAGUCUGAAGCCUGAGUUCUCCCAGGGACCCUCGAAUGUAACACCAGAAAUAAGGGCAAGGCUAAGUUAACAUCCUCAGACUCAAGUGAAAGAAAUGCAAUGUUUAUUGUUGCACUAUAUUUAGUAAUAAAAGAACACAACAUUUCUUUUGUGUUUUUUAUUUUUUAUUUUUAAAUGCCAACACUCCCUGAAUUUGAAUUUUCAUUGGUCCAGGAAGUUUCCCCCUUUUCUCAUUUUAUUCCACCACCAACUAUCUACAUGUUUUCUCUAAUUUCUUGGUGUUUCACCUUUUGUUUCUAUUUCUUGUUGAAUGUGGACUACUUAUCCCAUAUGGACAAAUCCUCCACAGAGUUGCUUUAAGGCAAACUAAACACUUUCCAGUCUUUGUUACAAUUUUGUAAGAACUGUGUAUAUUGUGUUUCUUUAAAUCACAUGGCUUAGUAUAUGUAAUUUUGAAUGUGUAUAUAUGAUUGCAAUAUAUAUAUGUGUAUACAGUAUAUAUAUAUAUAUAUAUGACAUCUAUUUUGGAAGGAACCUUUCUCUGCCUUGUACCUCGUUUUUUGGGGUUAGCGUGGAUGCAAUAUGUGAAAUUAGCUGCGGGAGAGUCUGAAUCAAAAAUAAGUUACAAAGUGAACAUAGUGAAACCUUUUUAGAGAAUGACGCAAAAGUCAAGUUUAGGCAGCAGAAUUUCAUAGGAAAAAAUAUGGAGAAAAACAUAAAAAGGUGCAAGUCUGUCUUGUAUUUCUCCAGACGACUUCUUCAUCUUUGUAUUAAAGCAGGAAAAGGCUUUCUUGAAUCACAA